UAUUGAAAUAAAUUACUUGACAUGUUGUUUUAAAAGUAAGAAAUUUAAGGGAACUAAGGAAGCCUGUCAACAUCCCGGAAAUUCCCGGAGCUCAAUCACAGUCACCCGACUGAAGCAGUGACAGAAGUUUCAAGCGCUACAGUUUGUUGUCUCUUGUUUCAUAGAACAGACAGGGUUUAAUCAUGCGUGGACUCAUUUGUGGACCUAAACUCGCCGCGUGUGGGAUUGUGUUGAGCAUGUGGGGUGUGAUCAUGCUGGGCAUGCUGGGGAUUUUCUUCACAACACAUUCAGCAGUGUUAAUUGAAGAUGUGCCUCUGAAAGAAGAAGACAUCUUCCCAGAUAAGAACCCUCCUCAGAAGAUCUAUGAACUGUACAACACGGUGGGCUACAACUGCUUCAUAGCAGCUGCUAUGUACAUCCUGUGUGGAGCAUUCUCCUGCUGCCAGAUGAGGCUCAACAAGCAGAAGGAGUAUCUGGUGCACUAGUGCCAUCUGCUGGACGGAAGGACUCCCAGAGGACCUUUUGACUCACCUUUUCUCUGAUCACUGACUUCUCCUGCAGGAUUUAAACGUCCUAGUCAGGAGCUAAAGGGACACUGUGGAAACAGAUCAAUGUUUGAAUUUAUUUACGAUUAAAUUAAUUCUACCUCUAAUCACAAGUGCUUAAAUUAUUUGAUCGUGGUCGUACUAACGACCCACUGGAACUCCGUGAGUAGGUAGCCUUGUUAAAACAUUUUAAAGUGUUGAUUUGUUCUUGCAUACUUCUGUACUGUACAAGUGAAUGUAUCUCUGAUUUUUACCAGUAGUGUCCAACUGCGUUUGGAAUGUCGGUCAUUCCAUCAAGUCAUUCCUUUCUUUCAGCUUGGUUCAGUCUGUCUGCACAGUGCUUCACAUCAGAAGUUUGUCUUUAUUCUAAUCUCAGCUGGAAGCACUUCAGCUGCUGAUGUGAAGCAUUUGACGGUCAGCAUCAUGACAUCAGUGAAGCCCCUGCACUGGUUCACUUGCUCACCUUCUCAGGUUUUUGUACUGAGGGGAUCUUACAGUUUGCUGAUGUGCUGUAGUCAUUUCAAACAUUAAAAUUGCUCAGAUAACUAAGUU